GCCUUUCCUCCUCCUCCCGGCUCUGCCCCUCCCCAGCCCGAAAUCGGCACGCCGCGGGCCGCAGUCUGACAGGAACGGGACGGAGCCAAGAUGGCGGCGGCCGACGGCGACGACUCCCUGUACCCCAUCGCGGUGCUCAUAGAUGAGCUCCGCAACGAGGAUGUUCAGCUUCGCCUCAACAGCAUCAAGAAGCUGUCCACCAUCGCCUUGGCCCUAGGGGUGGAAAGGACGCGCAGUGAGCUUCUACCCUUCCUGACAGACACCAUCUACGAUGAGGAUGAGGUCCUCUUGGCCCUGGCGGAGCAGCUGGGAACCUUCACCACGCUGGUGGGAGGCCCGGAGUACGUGCACUGCCUGCUGCCGCCCCUGGAGUCGCUGGCCACCGUGGAGGAGACAGUGGUACGGGAUAAGGCUGUGGAGUCCUUGCGGGCCAUCUCACACGAGCACUCGCCCUCUGACCUGGAGGCCCACUUCGUGCCGCUGGUGAAGCGGCUGGCGGGCGGCGACUGGUUCACCUCUCGUACCUCAGCCUGCGGCCUCUUCUCCGUCUGCUAUCCUCGCGUGUCCAGUGCCGUCAAGGCAGAACUUCGACAGUACUUCCGGAACCUGUGCUCAGAUGACACCCCCAUGGUGCGGCGGGCCGCAGCCUCCAAGCUAGGGGAGUUUGCCAAGGUGCUGGAGCUGGACAACGUCAAGAGUGAGAUCAUCCCCAUGUUCUCCAACCUAGCCUCCGACGAGCAGGACUCAGUGCGGCUGCUGGCGGUGGAGGCGUGCGUGAACAUCGCCCAGCUCCUGCCCCAGGAGGAUCUGGAGGCCCUGGUGAUGCCCACCCUGCGCCAGGCUGCUGAGGACAAGUCCUGGCGUGUCCGAUACAUGGUGGCUGAUAAGUUCACAGAGCUCCAGAAAGCCGUGGGGCCAGAGAUCACCAAGACAGACCUGGUCCCCGCCUUCCAGAACCUGAUGAAAGACUGUGAGGCCGAGGUGAGGGCCGCAGCCUCCCACAAGGUCAAAGAAUUCUGUGAAAAUCUCUCAGCUGACUGUCGGGAGAAUGUGAUCAUGACCCAGAUCUUGCCCUGCAUCAAGGAGCUGGUGUCCGAUGCCAACCAGCACGUCAAAUCGGCCCUGGCCUCUGUCAUCAUGGGCCUCUCUCCCAUCCUGGGCAAAGACAACACCAUCGAGCACCUCCUGCCCCUCUUUCUGGCUCAGCUGAAGGAUGAGUGCCCGGAGGUGCGGCUGAACAUCAUCUCCAACCUGGACUGUGUAAACGAGGUGAUCGGCAUCCGGCAGCUGUCCCAGUCCCUGCUCCCUGCCAUCGUGGAACUGGCUGAGGACGCCAAGUGGCGGGUGCGGCUGGCCAUCAUCGAGUACAUGCCCCUGCUGGCUGGACAGCUGGGGGUGGAGUUUUUUGAUGAGAAACUCAACUCCUUGUGCAUGGCUUGGCUCGUGGAUCACGUCUAUGCCAUCCGCGAGGCGGCCACCAGCAACCUGAAGAAGCUGGUGGAGAAGUUUGGGAAGGAGUGGGCCCAUGCCACUAUCAUCCCUAAGGUCUUGGCCAUGUCUGGGGACCCCAACUACCUGCACCGCAUGACUACACUCUUCUGCAUCAAUGUGCUGUCUGAGGUCUGUGGGCAGGACAUCACCACCAAGCACAUGCUUCCCACAGUCUUGCGUAUGGCUGGGGACCCGGUCGCCAAUGUCCGCUUCAACGUGGCCAAGUCCCUGCAGAAGAUAGGGCCCAUCCUGGACAACAGCACACUGCAGAGUGAAGUCAAGCCCAUCCUAGAGAAGCUGACCCAGGACCAGGAUGUGGACGUCAAGUACUUUGCCCAGGAGGCCCUGACUGUUCUGUCUCUCGCCUGAUGCUGGAAGAGGAGCCAACGCCGGCCUCUGGUGUCCACCCCCAGCCCCUAAGUUCCCUCCUUUGGGAGACAGCGGGGGGCCUUUGGCUGUCACUCCCUGUGCAUGGUCUGACCCCAGGCCCCUACCCCAGCACGGUUCUUCUUCUCCCCAGCCUGGGAAUCUGACUUCUCACUGUCUACCUUCCAAGGGGCUGGGGGUGCACAAGGUGGGACAGGGCAGCGACCCUGGGAGGAAGGGGCAGCCACUCCCACCUGAGGGGGGAGAGAGGUGAGCAUCCCGGGUCACUGGUUCCUGCUGCUGUAAUGGGGACCCCUCCCCCAUCUACUUUUCCACCUUCCUUCCUCCCCCUCAGUGGUUUUUUUUGUGUCAACUGUGCCGUUUUUAUUUUAUUCUUUUUCCCCCCCCUUUUCACAGAGAAAUAAAGGUCUAGAAGUAGCUAGCUGGUCCUCUGGUCUGUCACUAGCAUGGAGGAGAGGGCUCCAUAUCAGGGCCAUGGUCUCUGCCCUCUCUCUGGGGAAGCCCUAAUUACUGGUGUGGGUUUCCUAUGGGGAGUGUAGCCGGCCUACAGAAUAGAGGGUCCCGGAGGUGCCGCUGGCCAGCAGAGUCCUGUGCUCAGUUCAGUUUCGCAAACGUUGGCCAAGUAAGCAGUAGUGAAGAGCAGGUGCCUUGGAACCAGACUGCCUAGGUCCAAAUCCCAGUUCUUUCCAUUAAGAUCUGUGCAGCCAUGGGUAGGUUACCCAGUAUCUCUCCGAACUUAGUUUUCACUCUGUAAAAUGGGGGUAACCCCCCGCCAUUUUACAUCUGUGGUCUAGAUGCUACAGACCGCAUCUAGACCGCAAGGCCGGUUGUGAAGACGAAAUGAGUUCGUGUAUGUCAGGUGGGUAAUGGUGCCUGGCACAGAGAAGCAGUCAGUCAGGGUAGCUCUGACUUGGCAGAGAACCUCCUUUGGGACAGGCCCUGCCCCUGAGAUAAUCAGGAUAACCAGGACCGUAAAGGAGCAGGAGAGGUGGCUGUCUGGAUUUAAGGCUGUUUCCCAGGUCUCUUGGAACUUGGUAUGUGAGGUAACUAAAUUCUGGCCAGUGUGAACAGAGCAGGAUUGGAAGAGCAUUGGUCCUGAUGUUGCGACAACCCACAUUGGUAUCAGUUACCUGGCAGAGCUAAACUGUUAGAGUGACUCUUCAUUUGGGGUUUCAUCACUUGCAGGUCACCUGAAUUCUAACUGAUGCAGGGGCCAAAGAGUCCUGGAGAGAGGAGCAAGAGACUUAGUGGAUGGCGGUGCAUGUAAGGUUUCACAGAGGACGUGAGGACGUGAUACUUGAGUGAAAUUUGACUCAGUGGGGUGGAGGGGAAAUUGGUAUAUUGGAUGGCAAGGUGAUUUCACCAGCUCAGUCCUUAGGUUACUGAGUCCGUACUGUUUGUUAGUUUAGACCCAAUUGGGUCUUGGAGGAAUGAAGGUGACAGAAACCUCAUUUUUACUAUUAUUAACUUAUUUUAUGUUAGUUUCAUAAGGGCAAAGCCUAUGGUUUAAGCUCAUUUGGCCAUCCCCCUAGCCUGACACAGAUGUACCUUUCCUAGGAUGUAAAUAUUUGAAAGACUUGAGUGAGUGAAGUGUUUAUGAGAAUGGGAAGUGGUGGAUGGGCAGUAUAAUCACUUUCAGCAUGAUGUUGAAUAAUCUCGCUUAGUAGGCAGCCUAGCAGUAACUGUUGAAGGAAUAUUCAAAUGCAUGAUCCGUGGUGUUCAGUUGUAUUUUAAUGCAUGGCAACCCAUGCCCAAAGCUUAGUGAC